AUGGAACUUGAGGAUGAUACGUCCAAUUUGAACACCGAAAUGAGCGAAUUGGUCUUUCAAGUGAGAUUUUUUCUUUCCGAAGGAUUUCCUUUGUCCCAAAUUUCCUGAAGAAGGGCACUUCAGAGAUCAGGAAAUCGCGGAAUUUAAAAAAAAAAUGAAGACAUUUGACCCUUGAAGUUCAAUAUUUUCAAGAUAAAAUAAUUAAUUUCAAUUUCCAGGCACGGGAAUGGGCGAAAAAUCCUCCCUCCUCUGCCAAUCCAACUCAAGAUGCUCAGCCAGAUGAGGUACAGUUUAUCAGAAACGGUUCAUGUUUCGAAAAGCAAAAUAGUGUUCAUUAGCCAAAACUACUGAAUUUUAUUGAUUUUCUGAAAAGAAGCCUCUUUUCUUCCGUUGAACACGCCAUAAUAAAACCACGCUGCUCUCCUUCAUUUCUAACUUCAUUUAUUCCAAAAACUUAAAGGCCUGCGACGCUCUCCGCUCGUGUCUAGACCAUUUGGAAAGAGCCUUCGUCGUGCAUGUCGCCAAGACCCUCAUGACCAAGAUGGGUAUCGAGAAAGAGGAGGACCUGAGACGUGUCCUCGCCCAGAGCCAUCCGUCCGUCGAGACUUUCUCCCCACUUGGGAACCAAGCUUUUGAGGUUGGAUAAAGUCUAGCAUCUAUCAGAAUACACACUUUUGAAAGAAAAAACUUCACAUUUUUGGUUUCAAAUGAUCUGAUCUGCAACGUUUAAUGCUUAUUCAAAAUCAGUAUUCCAAAACUGCCGAAAAGGCCUAAGAAAAAAGUAAAUGCCGCUUAAAGUUCGAAAAUCCGCCGUCAGACUAGCAUGGUGUCAGUAGUUGCAGAUCUGAUCCGAAGAAUCGUAUUAGGUAGUUUUAAAGAAGAGGACUUUAGAAUCAAAUUUUUUUUUUGGUUUCUUAGCUUAGGACCACCUGGCCUGCCAAGCCAACACUUUUCGAACGAGUCUCAGACGUUCCACAAGCUCGAAAAAAGUUGCCAUAAAGAAGCUCCAACACGGUGUUUUUUUCAUUACGCAAGGUCAAGACUUUUCGUAAAUUAUGAUGCUUAGGGUGUAAGCACACCGAGACGCACUAUCGCAUACUCAAAAUGUUUUUUUUUCAAUUUUAUAAUUUGCGAUUUCAGGAUAAUAACUCCUGAAAUGUUCGAAAUUUGUCAGUUUGAAGAAUAUGAUGUGAAAAAAACAUUCCCUUACGUUAAAAAACAUUUAGGAACGAUUUCGAAAGGGGAAAACUCUAAAUUACUGAUUACAAAAUAAAAACAAAAAAUAAUAUGAAGGUGAAUCAGCUCCCAUUGAAUGAGCAUUUAUAAAUACGAAAAAUAUUGAAAUGAGGAAAAUUCGAGGAGCAAAUGAAAAAAAAAACAUUUUAUAUACCUCGAAAACCUAGCUUCAGAAAAACAAAUAAUGGAUAGAAAGCGGUGGUAUGAAAAAACCACCAGCGAAAACUCAAACGGCGACUUUUCCGAUUUUUUCCUAUCGCUAGGGAACUUUCCGACGGCCACCUUUCCGACGGAUCCCUUUCCGACUUUUUUCCCUUAAGUUUUUCGGUUUAUAAAACAUUUAUAAACAUUGUUUUUCUUUUUUUCUUUGUGUUUUUAAUCAUUAACCAACUACCUACUUUAUAUAGGAAGAUUUAACACGAAGAUUUUAACGAGAAAAAAAGUCGGAAAAAGAUUCGUCGGAAAGGUGGCCGUCGGAAAGUUCCCUAGCGAUAUGAAAAAAUCGGAAAAGUCGCCGUUUAAAUUUUCGCUGGUGUUUUUUUCAUACCACCUAGAAAGCAGAAAUUUUAGAAAAAAAACCUCGUAUGGCGAAAUUUUUGUUUAAAUCCGAAAAACCAUCAAAAAACUAGAAAAAAUAUAUGAUUUAGAUGAUUCAUAUAUCAAAAUCAUUAAACUGCAUCAACAAAUUCAAUUUGGCUCUAAUUUACACGAAACCGGUUUCAAACUACGUCAAAGGAACUAGAUAAUAACUUUUUUAUUAUUAACUGAUUAAAUUAAAAACUAUAGUUUCCGAAAUAGAGUGACUCUUUUUCAUGCGCGAAACAGAUUUCAAAAUUUUUGAAAAAAAUUAGGACUUUUUAGAAAAAAAUCUUCAGCUCUUUUUGAGAAAAAAAGUUAAAGAUCUGAAACCGGUUUAGAAAAAAAUGCGCAAUUUAAAGCUCCACAAAAUGUACCCAUAGAGAGGCGGAUCACAUAAAUGCAAGAAAUAGAAAAAAAAUUAAAAAAACCAAUGAAAAAAAGUGAAGAAAUUCAAUUUUUUUGCAUCCGAAACCAUGAGAAGGGUGCAAUAAUGCGCCACGGAUAAUAUGCCGCUUGGACCCAAAAUUUCGCAUUUUUUUUCAUUGCGCGGAACACCGUGCCAACCAUGUCCAUUUUCAAGGGAGUCGACUAUUAAGUUUCUUAAAAAAUCCUGAUUGCAGUCCCUCCUGCGAGGCUAUGAAAAAUCGCCGGCGCCGUACGAAGCAACGUCGCCGCAACACCGUUCUCAGCGCAAAUCCAUACUCAACUCCAUCGUUCCGAUGUCUCCGAUCGCUUCUCAGGUGAGAACCUAGCUGAAAAUUUCCCGAGAAUUCUCUUUGCUAAGGUAAAUUAAUCCAGAUAGAUGAGACAACUAUUUGAAACUAGAGCAAAUUUUGAGGUUAUGUAGAUCAGUUCUAGAAAAGUUACGUCGGGAAAAUCAUUCAGUUUGACUUGUCUGCGCCAUCUUUUCCCUUGCCAAAGAAGACAUGGAAACAAGAAUAGUCCUAAAUAUAGUGUUCAAUUUUCUACAUCAGGAGCCUUCUCUCAUCAUCAGACUACCCUCAAGCUUUCAGGAAUCCGGCCGCUCGCCCUCAAAAAUCCCGACCAAGGUUUCGCAGAACAGAUGCGUCGCCGUGGACCUUGACGACGCUGAUCGCAAUAAUGAGAUCAACCGGUAAGAUCAGAAAAAAUGAAGCUCGAACUAUGAAAAAUUGAUGAACAGGAGUCGCUACGUGACUCGUCGCCGUUCAAACGUCGGCAGUGCUCAGCCAAGAGCUCCUUCGAUGCCGGCGACGCCGUCGGGCAGCCGACGCUGCUUGAGCAGAAAUCGUGAGUCGCAAUCAAUAUUCUUAUCAUUAAGUUCUUUUCAGCUUCUCAAAGUAGCCUCUAUGGUCGGAAUCCCGUUCUGAGCACGGUAUGUUAAUUUAUUUAUUAAAGACAUCAUUAUAUCCCCUCUUAUAAAAAUUCGAAAACACCGCCUAACUCAAUUUUUAUAGUUUCUGUGAACUCGAAAAAGAUUAGCACCUUUCCAUCUUAAAACUUGAUUUUUCAUAAUUUUUUUAAGACCACUUUUUCAAGUUUCCUCCAUUCUUGGUCACGUUUUGCUCGAAAAGGUACACAUUUUCAACCAAACUACUUUUUUUUCACCUUGUGUACUUUUUUUACCCUUGUGCAAUCCUCACCUCUUAUUCUUUCAUUACUGGCUCAGAGGCUGGUGAGGGCCUCAAGUGCCUUUUAUUAAUUUAUUUCAGGCUUAAUGCCAAUUUUUUUCUCUCUUUUUUCUGUACAUGUUAUUUUGUUCUGCCUGUAAAUAAAUAAUAUUAUUAAACUCCUAAAAAUUUUUCCCAAACUUCUGAUGAUCUUCUGUUUAAAAUAAUAGAAUCUUUCAGCCCACGUCCCGAGCUUCAAGCGUCACCCGUCUCGAUCGGUUCACCCCACGUCCAGGCACUAACGAAACGCCAUUGGAGAACAGAUCGAGUCGUCUGCGGCGAGAAAUGAUCGAGAAGAAGAUCAGCGGUUAGUUCUUAUCAAACCAACAGAAAACUAAAGAUCUUAAAAAAAAUCUGAAAUUAGACACCAAUUUAUUUUCAAUUUCCAACCGCUUCUAACACCUUUCAACUCCCUUUCAAAAAUCUUCUCAUCAAAAUAUAUUCCAGAAUCGGCGAUUCCGCCACGCUAUUCUCUUCCUGGCGCCCGUCGGGCUUCGAUCCGCGGAUCUCGCGCCUCCCUUUCGUGA